UGUACUUGCUGCCGGAGCUGUUUGCAUGAGGGUGAAGCCAUUAGUUGGAGGGAGGGAGGGAACGGGCCAUUUCGUCCUUUCUCCGGAUGGCUGCAGAUCUCCACAGUUAGAUCGCUUGGCGUAUAUUUCAGAAAGUACCGGUUCCCAUCGAAACAGGAGGACGGAGCCUCAGAGAUGGACCGCCGGACCUUCAGCGAGAGAAGCGGCGGCAGCCGGAGCUUUUGGUUGCUUUUGCUGUUCGUUUUCCCCGUCUGGGCAGCUAGGGAGCCCGCCAAUACCACAGAUGUUUUGCGGUUGCUGGAGCUAUCGCUGGAUAUGGAGGGCGUGUCCCUGGAGGCGGGACUCUGUGCAGCCAGGAAUGACACGGCAAAGAUCGAUGCGGCGUACCGGAUAGGCAAGGAGAUGCGGCUGUCCGUGCCAACGAAGCAGCUCUUUCCAGACUCCGCCUUCCCCGAAGACUUCUCCCUGAUGGCCACGGUAAGGCCGAAGAAGGGCACUCGGUCCUCCCUGCUCUCACUUUAUGAUGCCCGCGGGGUGCAGCAGCUUGGCCUGGAGGUGGGACCCUCGCCCGUGCUGCUGUACGCCGACCACCAGGGGCUGCCCCCGCCUGAGCUCUACCCCACCUUCAGCACGGUUGACCUAGCAGAUGGAAACUGGCAUAGAAUCGCCUAUAGCGUGCAAGGCAAGGCGACCACGCUCUACCUGGACUGCGAGGAAGUGCAGACACUGGAGCUGGCUCGGGGAGACGAUCCCGUGAUCAGCACCGAGGGGAUCGCCAUGUUUGGGGCGCGCCUGCAGCAUGACGAGGUGUUCGAGGGACACAUCCAGCAGCUGCUGUUGGUGGACGACCCCAGCGUGGCGGCUGACUACUGCUGCCACUACAUCCCCGACUGUGACUACCCCCUGCCGUACAUCUCCCUGCCCCAUCAACUCAUGGAGGUGCAGCCCCCCCGACCAGAACCCGAUGAUACUGCUGGCCAUGACAAGCCAGGGAGAAAGGAAAAAUCCAGAAAGAAGAACAGGAAAGGCAAGAAGGGGAAGAAAGACAAGUCCCGCAGAAAGAAGGACAGAAAGGAUUCCAGGGAGAAGAAUAAGGAGGCGGAGAUUCUCUUGGAGGUGUCUGCUGCAUUGCCCGAAUAUCUGCUUCAGGACCCCGCUCACGUUGUCCCUAUACCAACUCCUUUGACAGCGGUCUCCCAGCUAAAGGUCACUGCCCAGACCACAAAAGCCCCCCAGGCUGCUGAAGCCAGAGCUUCUGCCAUUACCUUGCUUCUGGAACCAUCCGAUAUCCCUGAGAUGCCCACUCACGAGCCUGACUCCACACCAGACGUCACCCUGAUGGUGCCCACAGCUCUUCCUGCAGUGGAGGUGGAGGGGACUCCCAGACAGACUGGGGUGCAGGAGGCGGUCAGGGAGGACUUCUACAGCGACGUGUAUGACAACAUCACCGUCUCCACAGUAACGGUGGGCUCUAACGUCAGUGACUUCGAGGUCCUGGAUUCCGAGGACUUCAUGAACGAGACGGAGUACAACAGCAGGGUGUACGAGGAGUAUGAGGAGUACGAGGAUCGGUAUGGACAGGCGGAGAGGGAGAGGGCGGCCACUCGGGAGGAGGAGGGAAGACAUCCGAAAGUAGAAAAGGGGCAGAAGGGAGAACCAGCUGCCAUAGAACCGGGCGUGCUGCUGGAAGGACCACCGGGCAUCCCGGGACCGGCGGGACUUCCGGGUGUUCCUGGUCCAAAAGGCCCAUCCGGGCCGCAGGGAGACCGCGGCGACCUGGGUCUCCCAGGGCGCUCAGGACUGCCCGGGGCUGAUGGGAUACCGGGACCCCCAGGCACGAUGCUGAUGUUACCGUUCCAGUACCGAAGUGAUGGUCAGAAAGGUCCAGCAGUCUCCCCCCAGGAAGCCCAAGCACAGGCCAUUCUGCAGCAGGCCCAGCUAUCCAUGAAAGGACCUCCUGGUCCACACGGACUGACAGGCCGGCCCGGCCCAGUGGGCUCCAGCGGUCCCGGUGGACUUAAAGGAGAUGGUGGAGCCCCAGGGCCAGUGGGUCCCCGGGGAUUGCCUGGUGCCCCGGGCCUGAGCGGGAAGCCAGGGAAGAGGGGUCGUGAGGGAGCAGAUGGGGCCAGGGGGUCUCCAGGGCAGACCGGGCCAAAGGGUGACAGGGGCUUUGAUGGACUGCCCGGACUACCUGGAGAAAAAGGACACAAUGGGGACCGGGGCAGGCUGGGACCGCAUGGUCCACCCGGAGAGCCGGGCCCUAGAGGUCCAGAUGGACCUGUUGGCCUGACAGGACAACCAGGUGAACCUGGACCCCGAGGCCUUGCUGGACCGAGAGGACCGCCCGGUGUGCUUGGACAGCCAGGCGUUCAAGGCGUCGAUGGCUUUCAGGGUUUAAAGGGCAACGUGGGCCCCUCAGGAGAGCCGGGCCCCCCCGGUCAGCAGGGAAAGCCCGGUUACCAGGGUCUACCUGGGCCCCAGGGAUCCAUCGGAAUGCCUGGUGAAAAGGGCCCCCCGGGGAAACCAGGCAUCCAGGGACAUCCAGGCAUUGAUGGCCCUAUGGGUCACCCCGGAAGAGAGGGCCCAUCGGGGGAGAAGGGGCAGCAGGGUUUGCCCGGAAGCCAAGGCCCCAUUGGUUAUCCUGGACCCCGAGGCAUGAAGGGAGCUGAUGGUCUGAGGGGUCUGAUGGGUGACAAAGGAGAAAAGGGCGAGGACGGCUUCCCGGGUUUCAAAGGCGACAUGGGACUCGAGGGAGACCGAGGUGACACUGGGCUGGCAGGGCCCAGGGGCGAGGAUGGACCAGAGGGGCUGAAGGGCCAGUCUGGAUCUUCUGGGGAGUCUGGGCCCCUGGGCGUCGCAGGGGAGAAGGGUAACCUUGGAGUUCCAGGCUUGCCGGGGUAUCCAGGACGACAGGGACCUAAGGGAUCGAUGGGUUUUCCAGGACCUGGAGGAACGCCAGGAGAGAAGGGGAAAAGGGGCCGAGCCGGUCAGGCAGGAAGUGAGGGCGAGCGGGCCCCCCCUGGCUUGCAAGGCGAGAGAGGUGCAGCAGGCCCCCAGGGGAAGCCGGGUACAAAGGGUUCUGCUGGACUGGACGGGCCGCCCGGACCUUCCGGAGAGCAUGGACCCCCAGGGCCACAGGGCAGAAACGGGGAGGCGGGGCCUCGAGGACCUCCUGGGCCUGUAGGGAAGGACGGGCUGCCGGGUCAUCCAGGACAGCGGGGGGAGCCGGGCUUCCCAGGGAAGACGGGCCCACCCGGGCCCCCAGGUGUCAUAGGACCUCAGGGUAAAUUAGGAGAUACUGGACUGACUGGUGAAAGAGGCCAUCCAGGUGCACCUGGACCCCCCGGAGAACAUGGCUUGUCUGGAGCUACUGGCAAGGAAGGAGCGAAGGGUGAUCCGGGCCCCCUUGGGAUUCCUGGCAAGAGUGGCCCCCCAGGAUUGUGGGGAUUUAGGGGAGCCAGAGGCGCGCCUGGUGCUACGGGGUCGUCUGGGCUGAAAGGAGGUGAAGGUCCUUUUGGACUCGCAGGAGUCAUUGGAUCACCUGGAGAGAGGGGACCUGCGGGAGCAGCAGGGGCGAUUGGUCAUCCCGGUCGGCCGGGCAGCGUGGGCCCCCCUGGGCCAAUGGGAGAGAAGGGGGAGCCGGGAGAGAAGGGUCCAGUUGGGCCAGCUGGACGCGAUGGGAGCGAGGGCCCGUUGGGAUUGCCGGGGCCAGCUGGCUCGCUCGGGCCCCCAGGAGAGGAUGGGGAUAAGGGAGAGCCCGGAGAUCCAGGACAGAAGGGCAGUAAAGGGGAUAAAGGUGAACCGGGACCCCCAGGACCUAUAGGGAUUCAAGGACCCAUCGGUCAGCCGGGACCACCGGGUCUGGAUGGAGAGCCAGGUCUGCGUGGUCAGCUGGGUCUGUACGGUCAGAAAGGGGACGAGGGGCUCCAGGGAUUUAAAGGUGGCACGGGCCCCAUUGGGCCACAGGGGAUGCCAGGCACCCCGGGAGAGAAGGGAGAGACUGGUGACGUGGGACCCAUGGGCCCCUCAGAUCUGCCAGGACCAAUGGGCUCCCGGGGGCCCAUUGGAGGAGUGGGUGUCCAAGGAAUGCCAGGUGGGGUGGGCCUGCCCGGUGCUGUUGGCGAGAAGGGUGAGGAUGGAGAAGCAGGGAACCCAGGACGAGGCGGAGAACCUGGUCUUCCGGGUGAGAAAGGGGAGCUUGGCGAGAAAGGUGACACGGGUCCCCCCGGAGCUGCAGGACCCUCUGGCGUGAAAGGCCCUCCCGGGGAGGAUGGUCCCAAAGGGAAUCCGGGCCCCAUUGGAUUCCCAGGAGACCCAGGACCCCCUGGAGAGCCAGGUGUCAAUGGGCAUGACGGCGGAACCGGAGAGAAGGGCGAUGCUGGGGAACCUGGCAGGGCGGGUCCCCCGGGGGCUUCAGGGGAACCGGGGCCUUCAGGUCCCCCUGGGCGGAGGGGUCAUGUGGGAACCCCAGGACACGAAGGCAAGGAGGGGAUGAAGGGGGAGAAGGGGGCGCCAGGUUCCGAGGGGCCAGUGGGGAAGAUGGGACCGACGGGACCCCAGGGUCACCCCGGCAAUCCGGGGCCGGAGGGCCUACGUGGAAUUCCGGGACCUUCUGGGGAACAAGGCCUGAACGGACCCCCGGGACAGACCGGACCUUCGGGACCAAUGGGUCCUCCCGGGCUCCCAGGUCUGAGGGGAGACCCUGGAGCUAAAGGAGACAAGGGUCACUCCGGCCUCUUGGGCCUCAUCGGGCCCCCAGGGGAGAUGGGAGAGAAGGGUGACCGGGGACUGCCGGGACUCCAGGGGCCCCAGGGGCCGAAAGGAGACGGGGGUGUAGCGGGGCCCUCCGGCCCAAACGGCCCCCCCGGACCCCCUGGCCUGUCUGGCUCCGCCGGUGAGAAGGGAUCUAAGGGAAACCAGGGUUCUGUUGGUCCAAAAGGAGAUACAGGACCUGCUGGUCCCUCUGGAGCUCCCGGGCCCCCAGCCACGAUAAUCGAACCGCUCCCAGUGCGAGGUAGCCAGAAGACCCGGAGGAGAGACUCGCAGAGCGAGGAGGUGCAAGACUACCAGGGAGACCAGGCUUCAGUUGAGGGGCAUGGCAUGGAGGAGGUCUACGCCACUCUGAACUCCAUGAAGGCGGAAGUGGAGAUCAUGAGGAAACCUUUGGGCACGUUUGAAAGUCCUGCCCGUACCUGCAAGGAGCUGAUGCUGUGCCGCUCGGACUACAAAGACGGAGAGUACUGGAUUGAUCCAAAUCAAGGCUGUCACAAAGACUCUUUUAAGGUCUUCUGCAACUUCACCGCCAACGGAGAAACCUGCCUGAACCCCGACAAGAAGUUUGAGUCGGUGAAGCUGGCAGCCUGGAGCAAGGAGACACCGGGAGGCUGGUUCAGCGAAUUCCGGAAAGGCAAACAGUUCUCCUACAUUGACUUGGACGGAAACCCCAUCCACGUGGUGCAGCUGACCUUCCUGAAGCUCUUCAGUGCCACCGCGCGGCAGAACUUUACCUACCUCUGCCAGAACUCCGUGGGAUGGUUGGACAGCGCCACCAGCAGCCACCGGCAGGCACUGCGCUUCAGAGGAACGAACGAGGAGGAGCUGGCGCAAGAGAAAACGCCCUUCAUCAAGGCCCUCCAUGACGGCUGCCAGUCCCGUGAAGGACAGGAGCAGACGAUCCUGGAGAUCGACUCCCCGAGAUCGGAGCUGCUCCCCAUCGUGGACGUGUCCGUCUCCGACUUCGGAAACAGCAAGCAGAAGUUCGGCUUCCAGGUCGGGCCCGUCUGUUUCAACGGGUAAAAUCCACCUCGCGAGGUACACAAGGACAUUCUCAGCUGGAUAGCCUACGCACCCCCCCCCCGCCCCCCCACGAAACACCUAUAUGCAUUUUCAUCGUGGAGGAUACGUGCUCUUAUAUUGACAUUUGACAAUGAAAGGGAUGGGAGGUCCCUUAGCAAAGUGGCUAACGGAUAACGCCGACUUUUUAUAAAGGGAAGUCUUCUCAGACGUAUUCUUGUUCUUACUUCACGAUAAUGUUAAUGGAAUCUUUAAACUGCUUUCCCCUCUCUACGUGGUUCAUGGUUUGGAUGCUUCAAGGUGAACCAUCUAAAAACCUCCCAGGACAGAUUGGCGGGCUGGUCUCACAGAUGCCAGCCAAUCAGAUUUAAGAAGCGUCACUUCUGGGAGGGACUUGACCUCGACCUGACCUCUAGAGCAAUUGGUCCAGAGGGUCCAGGAGAAUCAAUGAGCACUAAAUGCGUUUUUCACACAGUGGAUUGGACCCUGAACGCUGGUGAGAGAAACUGCCGACAUACUACGGUACGCCUUGGGUUCUGAUUCCAGAAGUAUCUAACUCAGGUGUUUGUCAGGUUUGUCUGUCCGGUCAGGUGACUGGUGUCAAAAUUAAUUUUGCUCCCCCUGGGGCAGCUUUGUCUCCCCAUAUAAGGACAUGUCGAUGUCAUCGAUAGAACAUCAAAAACACGCUCUGUCAGGUUCUGUACGUGUACUGUACACGUCUGUUUUUUGAUAUGUUUAUAUGUUUUAUUUUGUAUGUGUGCGUGCGUCCCACUAACUGAAGGUGCUAUAAAACGUCAAUUUUUAAUUAGUGCUAUUUUAUUUCAUUGUUUUGAUGUUGAUGGGUGUGGAUUAGGAGGUAGCUGGGGAGGGGGGAGUGGGGGGAGGUGCUGCUGGGCUGAUUUAAAAUGCAGUUCAGCCUGUGGUACCAUAACCAAGAGCCUCAUUGUCUCCAGCACUGCGCUAAAAUUAAUCUCCAAGGCAACACAGAGAAAUAGACAAUUCCUCUGAGAACCCCCCCCCCCCCCAAAACAAAAGGCGUCGGGUUUGCCGCCAGGCAUGUAAUUCUGCAUCAAUCCCAGAAUGCAACUGAAACACUGGCCGUUAACUACGCGUGACAUACGAUGGGCUGCUCAGCGGCUGGGGUUGUCCUGUGUAAGUGGCCCAUCUGUCCUCUGCUGCCCUCGGUGGUCCCAGUGACACACCUGUAAUGGUCACAAUGGGAGCUGAUGCCUGUUCAGACCUGUAUGCAAUGGAGGCUUAUCCCAUAUCGCCGAUAUGCUUUAUGAAAUCAGUGAUCUGGGCCUUAGUGUUGACUAAAAGGAUUUUCAUCGCUACAUAUUACAUCUUCUACAGUUUUUCGUACGUGAAUAUUUACUGAAGCCAUUCAGGUUGAGUACCUGUUCAGGGUUAUAUACCGGCAGUUAUCCGUUUGGGGAAUUUGAACCCACAACGCUUCGGUGGUUCCUUGCUGACCACUAGGCCGGCAGGCUGCCUGGGUGAGCGGUAUGGGUGUGGGGCUUGUUCUGUGGUCCACGCCUGGGUGCUGGUGUUCUUGUGGGAGACCCCAUUUGGGCAUACACUGCUACCACUCUCAUAUUCUCUACAGUUAUUGUUUAAGAAACCUGGUAAAAUGCCUGUUAAAGUUUUGUAUUUGUGAAGAAUGACAAAUAAAAUGUAAUUUAAUGAA